CAGGCUGUGAUUGGCCGCGGCCCGGGCGCAUCAGCCUCCGGGGGCGGGGCCCGGGCCGCAUUGUCUCGUUUGGGGCCGGCUGGACGCCCCAGAGGCCGGACCUGGGCAACCCCGGCCUGGAAGUCCCGGGGCUGAAGCUCUCACGCGGCUGGGAGCGAGGCCUGGGCAGGUCAGAGUCGGGCUCCCGGAGGAAAGCGGGGCUGCAGCUCAAAGGGCCGAAGCGGAACCUAGCCCGGCUCCGAGUGCCACGUCUCCAGGAACCCCCUCCUUGCUCUUGGACAACACUCCGCCUCCUCCCUGGUCUCCGUUCCCCGAGCCGCCCCCAUUUGUGCAGCUCCGGAUCCAGUGGACACAUUCCUGGGGAUCUCUAUUCUCAUCCGGCCCACCCAGCCCCCAGAGCCCGCGCCCCGACCUGCCGGAGCCCCCCCCAGGGGGGGCGGCGCCCCCAGAUGUGCUGCCUUCGCCCCUAGAUCCGCCCGCCUGUCUUGUUACUGCUCUCUGCACUAAGAGCUGCGCGCUGCGUUUGCCUUUUCCCACCAGAGACCGACCCUCUUCUCCAGCACGUGCUUCUCCCACCAGACUAUAGGCCGCUAGAAGGAAGGCAUCAUGUCCCUCUCCGUGGCACUAGGAGGCCAGAAAUAGCAGCAGAAAAUACCUGAGACAAGAAGACUGGAAUGAUUUCACCUUCAAAUAUAUGGAAAAGCUCCGGCAGAAAAGAAAGAUGUGGCUGACGGUGGGGAUCUCCUCAGUGCCCCAAACAGAUCAGACCAGGCUCGUUCACACACUGACCUCCCUGUUCAGUGCUUCCUCUAAGUCUGAGCAGAAACGCUUCAUGGUGCUGGUCCACCUGGUACACACUGACUUCACCUGGAUCGGAGAAACCACUGCCCGCAUUUCAAGCCUCUUCAGCCUGCAGAUCUUGGCAGGGCAGUUGUUACUGAUCCGUACUCCGCCCGACGCCUACCCCAGCAUGGAUGGCCUUGAGGAGGAGGCCUGUCGCGAGGAGUGCUACCUCAAGCAGAACAUAGAUUACGCCUUCCUCAUGAGCUUCGCUGCAAAGUUCUCUGACUACUUCCUGUUGAUGGAAGACGACAUCUUUUGUGUCCCCAAUUUUGUCACCCAUAUUUAUUCUAAGGUGACUGACCUAAAGCCCAAUCCAUGGGUGCUACUGGAAUUUUCUGACACAGGUGUUGGCAGACUCUUCCACAGCAGUGACCUCCCUUUGCUGGCCCAUUUCCUCCUCCUCUUCUACAAGGAGAGACCUUCUGACAAGCUGAUGGAGCAUUUCCGUACCCUCCUGCUCCAGGAAGAGCAGAUCUUUUGCACACCCUUCCUCUUCUACCAAAGCCUCAUGGAUGAUGAAAAGGAAGAGGCCACACAAAUUCAGAAGAAACUUUAUGGUCCGGACAAUCCCCCUGGCGCCAUUGUCACCACCAUGCAGGUGUUCAGUGCUCAUUUCCCCUGGGAGGCCUACACUUUGGAUGAGUCAUUCUUCUGGACGUACAACGUCAGUGCAGGGCAGCAUCUGACGGUGAUUUUGAACCAUCCAGCAAACCUGAAACGCGUGCAAGUGAUGACAGGCUCCAUCAUGGAUGGGACAUACGCGCUGGAGAAGGGGCACGUGGAGCUGGGCUAUGACCCGCAGGGGAUGCCUCAACACUGUAGCAGCUUUGCCUUGCUGGGACAGCUCCAGGACGGGCAGCUGGACCAGGAGAUACUUGUGAAGAAUAUGAGUUCCCACGUCAGCUGCGUGAAGCUGGUGGUGAAAGCUAGUCAAGCAGAUGGGCUCAUGAUCAGGCAUAUCUACCUCUGGGAGGAAAAUGCCAAAGAGGAGAAAGUAGAUCAAAGUUAAAGAUAAAUCAGUUAGGGU